AUGGCGGAUGACAAGGACUCGAUGCCAAAGUUGAAAGACCUGGCUUUCCUAAAAAAUCAGCUGGAACAUCUACAACGACGACUAGAAGAGGAGGUCAAGACAGGUGUGGAACAGGAAGGAUCGUUCCUGUCAUCUCCUUUUCUCAAGGGCUUCCUGACCGGCUAUGUUGUAGCCAAGUUGAGGGCAUCAGCGGUGAUGGGCUUUGCAAUUGGUGCAUGCACCGGCAUCUAUGCAGCACAGUCCUAUGCAGUUCCCAAUGUCGAGAAGACCUUGAAGGAUUAUCUCCGGGCCCUGCAUAAGGGACCUGACUAG